AUAAGGCCAUUGUUUCUCCCAAAUACCCUUCCUCACUUCAUCAUUUUGAAUUUCAGAAUGAGAUAAGGAAAGCCCCAAAUCGCUGAGAUAAGGAAAACUGCCCAAAGCCUUGAACUCCAAUUUGCCGUUUGAGCACUCGUUGUGUUUCACAAGGCAUUCUAGCCCACCACAAGAAAAUUCGUAUAUCUGGCUUUGAAUUUAGGCGAUCCGGAGAAACAAUUUCCCAUUAUGUUCAUCUUGUUUUGAGAGCGAUCCUCCGGCUUCAUGGCAUUCUACUGCCUCAACUAGAGCCAGUGACUGACAAUUGUGUUGAUUCUCGUUGGAAACAUUUUAAGGGGUGUAUUGGCGCCUUGGACGGGACCUGUAUAAAUGUCCUCGUUAGUAAUGCGGAUAAGCCGCGUUAUCGAACGCGGAAGGGCCAAAUCUCGACCAACACUCUUGCAGCCUGUGACCGCAGAAUGAGAUUCAUAUAUUUUCUUCCCGGCUGGGAGGGUUCAGCCGGUGAUUCCCGGGUGCUUAGAGAUGCUGUUAGUAGAGAAGGGGGAUUGAGGGUUCCCAAAGGAAAUUACUUUUUGUGCGAUAAUGGGUAUGCAAACUCUGAAGGUUUCUUGACCCCAUACAAGAAUGUUCGUUAUCAUUUGAAAGAAUGGGGUGAUGGCAAUCAAAGACCGCAAAAUGCGCGGGAAUUGUUCAAUCUGCGUCAUAGUAAAGCUCGUAAUAUUAUCGAGCGAGCCUUUGCCGUUCUUAAGAUGAGAUGGGGCAUUCUUCGCAGCGCGAGUUUUUAUCCGAUUAAGAUCCAAAUUCGGAUGAUUAUGGCAUCCUUCUUAAUCCAUAAUUUCAUACGUGGUGAGAUGCUGAACGACCCAAUCGAACAAGAACUUGAUGGUGCACCCCAUAAUCUAGUCAAUGAGGAGGCUGAUGGUGAUGUUGAAUACGUUGAUCAAGUCAAAACAAGUCUAGCGUGGACUCAAAUGAGGGAUGAUCUGGCUAAUUCUAUGUGGACUAAUCAGCCACAUGGCGACCUCCGCUGACGGAGGAGAUAUGAUACCCGAGUGUCUUUGUGGCGGGGGCAAGAUGUCGUUGUUCUGUGCUGGACCAGAUGCAAAGCACAACGGCAGAUGGUACUACAAAUGCCCCAUCAAUUCAAAACAUUCGGGCUAUUUCUUAUGGUGUGACGACUAUCACAGUAAACAUGGAGAUGGGAAGAUGCCAAAUUACGUAUUGAAUCAAGUUUAUCGUCCAGCUAAAGCAGAAGACAUCAGUGUUUCUGAGGCCAAAAUAAGCACGCCUGUAACUACAGAAGUCAGCAGUGCUUCUGAUACCAAAAGAAGCGCGUCUGUAACUGCAGCUGUUUGUAGUGGUUGUGCCCGAUGUGAAGCUGAACUCCGGAUGAACUAUGUGUUGUGUUUCAUUGGUCUAAUGUUGUUAUUGCUAGGAAUUGUGUUAGGAAAAUUGUUCUAGGGUAACUGACUUGUUAUUUUCAUUUUCGACUAUGUCUCGGCAUUUUUGUCGCCUAUGUAUGGUUGUUGUUAGAAACUGUAUUUUGUCAAUGGUAGACACUUAUGUGGAUGAACUUGAAUGGAGGCAGCAGGUUAUAUUCGCUUGUAUUA